GCAUAGUGAAGUUUCAGUUAGUAUAUUUUUCACAGUCAAUUUGAACGCUAAAAUCAACUAGGAUUUCUUAAAAAAAAUAUGAGUGAUUACAAGUAUCAAUCUGGCUUUGGAUCGCAUUUCUCUUCAGAAGACAAUAGGUGCCCAGGUGCUUUGCCCAAAGGACAAAAUUCACCACAGGUAUGUCCAUAUGGAUUAUAUGCAGAACAACUUUCUGGAUCAGCUUUUACGGCGCCUCGCACAGAAAACACCAGAACUUGGUUAUAUCGAAUUAGACCAAGUGUAGUUCAUGAACCAUUUAAAAGGUAUGAUGUUUCCAAAAACUUAACCCACAACUGGGAUGAACAAUAUCCCAACCCAAAUCAGAUGAGAUGGAAACCGUUCGACAUGCCCAAAGAAACUGAAAAAUAUGAUUUCACACAAGGUUUGCAUACAAUUUGUGGUGCUGGUAAUCCAAGAGAUCGACAUGGUCUUGCAAUUCAUGUUUACACAUGUAACGUUUCUAUGAUUGAUUCAGCAUUUUAUAACAGUGAUGGUGAUUUCUUGAUAGUUCCACAAUGUGGAGUGCUUGAUAUAACAACAGAAUUUGGUAAAAUGAAAGUGAAACCAAAUGAAAUUUGUGUAAUUCAACAAGGCAUGAGAUUCAACGUUAAAAUUGAAGGACCUUCAAGGGGAUAUAUUUUGGAAGUUUAUAACAAUCAUUUCAAGUUACCUGAUUUGGGUCCAAUUGGAGCGAAUGGUUUAGCGAAUCCCCGAGAUUUUGAAACACCUACGGCUUGGUUUGAGGAUAAAAAUGUUGAAGACUAUAAAAUAAUAUCGAAAUUCCAAGGUAUGUUAUUUGUUGGGAAGCAAGAUCAUUCACCUUUUGACGUUGUUGCAUGGCAUGGAAACUAUGUACCUUUCAAAUAUGAUUUACAAAAGUUCAUGGUUAUUAAUACAGUAAGUUUUGAUCAUUGCGACCCAAGUAUUUUUACUGUGUUAACAUGUCCAAGUCAUAGACCAGGUACUGCUAUUGCCGAUUUUGUAAUUUUCCCUCCAAGAUGGUCAGUUCAAGAGCACACAUUUCGACCACCGUACUAUCAUAGAAAUUGUAUGAGUGAGUUCAUGGGAUUAAUUUUGGGAAAAUAUGAAGCUAAAGAAGAUGGUUUUAUGCCUGGUGGUGCCUCAUUGCAUUCAAUAAUGACUCCUCAUGGUCCAGAUGUUAAUUGUUUCGAAGGAGCUUCGAAUGCUAUCCUAAAACCAGAAAGAGUUGCAGAUGGAACACAGGCCUUUAUGUUUGAAUCGUCUCUUAGUAUGGCUGUGACUAAAUGGGGCGAAGAAACAUGCCAAAAAUUGGAUGCUUCAUAUUACAAAUGUUGGCAAAAUUUAAAAAAACACUUUUCAAUGAAUAAAUAAGUAAUUUUCAUGUAAAAAAUGUUUUUUUUUGUUUUUGUAAUAAAGUGUUUUAAAAUCUAUAAAAGUGUUAUAAAUCUUUUCUUUC